CUGAAGAAACAAAGUCACCUACAUCUUGGAUACUCUGGGGUGCUGAAUAUGAGCACUUCAGCCCAGCUGACGUUCGGGAUGCCUGCAGAGUUCAGCCCUCCCAGUUCUCCAGACGCCCUCUCCCCCGUUGCUUAUUUCCCAUACUUGCACGGCUCCUAUCUGGCAGUGGCCGCAUCACUUAACGGAGGCAAUGUCAUGGCCACCUUUGUCAGAAUGCUGGACUCAUGGAUCAAAGAAUUUGGAUUGGAAGUAAACGAGUCCAGAAUCUACUCCCAGCUGAUCCAGUCUGCCCUGGCACAGCCCAAUACUGACCUAACUGUGACUUCGACGCUACUAGGAGAGCGGCAUGACCCCACCACCAGCGCCAGUGUCUCACAAAUCUCGCCCUCUAACCUCUCUCUGGGUCACGUGACUCGGGCUGUGUGCAGGGGCAUUAUUGAAAACAUGGCCACUAUGAUGCCCCCUCAUAGCUUGCAGGCUGCAGGGGUCAGGUGUAUUAUUGGCAGUGGCAGCGUUCUGUCUUGUAACCCCGUUCUGCAACAGGAAGUGGAGAGAGUGUUUCCAUUUCCUGUCGUCUACGGAAAAGAUGUGGACUCAGCGGUUGGAGUUGCCAUGGUGUUUAAAGAUCAACUUAUGAUGUUUGUCUCUGAGACACCUGACCUACUAUAAUGCUCUCUUUUUUUUCUGUGUAGUUAAAUGUAUAAAUAAUCACAUUUUGUAAUUAAGUGUGUUUAAUUUAAAAAUGUUUUAGUACAUCCAUCAAUUUAUAAUUGUGUACUAUAUCAUUAACUUAGUGAUUCAUUUUUUUUUGUCUGUCAAGACCAAGGCUUUAUCUAUUGUUUAAUUUUUGUAUCCAUUAAUUUACACUCAUUAUACAACUACUGUUAUGUGCAAUACAAAAUCAUUUGUAUUUUUAAAGAAUAUUUCAGAAUUCCAUUAAAUGACUCAACAGAGCCUUGAAAUCACAAAAUAUUCUGUUUACAAUGUUCAGUGGCAUUUCAGAUGUUAAUAAACAAAAAUA